GGCCCCGGAAGUGGCGGCCGCUGCGGAGGCGCCGGGCGGGAUGGGGGAGUCGAUCCCGCUGGGUGCGCCCGUGCCGGUGGAGCAGGCCGUGCUGGAGACCUUCUUCUCCCACCUGGGCAUCUUCUCCUACGACAAGGCCAAGGACAACGUGGAGAAGGAGCGGGAGGCCAACAAGAGCGCGGGGUCCAGCUGGCUGGCGCUGCUGGCCGGGCUGGCGCACCUGGCGGCGGCCGAGAAGGCCUAUCACAGCAUGACCUUCCUGGGACAGAAGCUAGGUGGUCAGUCAUUCUUCAGCCGAAAGGACUCCAUCCGAACCAUCUACACAUCUCUGCAUAAUGAGCUGAAGAAGGUGGUGGCGACGGGUCACAAUGCACUAGGAGGAACAGCUCCUCACUUGGAAGAGCUGCUUUCUCACCUGUCUGAACAGCUCUGUUUUUUUGUUCAGGCUCGGAUGGAAAUUGCUGACUUCUAUGAAAAAAUGUACACGCUCAGCACCCAAAAGUUCAUUAACUCUGAGGAACUGGUAAACAUUUUGGAAUCCAUCUUAAAGAAAUACAGCUCAAGAUUUCAUCAUCCAAUCCUCAGUCCUCUUGAAAGCAGUUUCCAGCUGGAAGUAGAUGUGCUUGCUCAUCUCUUAAAGGCUCAGACUCAGAUCUCAGAGUGGAAGUUCCUUCCGUCCCUGGUCAACUUGCACAGUGCUCACACAAAACUACAGACGUGGGGUCAAAUUUUUGAGAAACAACGAGAGACCAAGAAGCACCUGUUUGGAGGGCAGUCUCAGAAGGCUGUACAACCUCCACACCUCUUCCUCUGGCUGAUGAAGCUCAAAAACAUUCUCCUUGCCAAGUUUAGCUUUUACUUUCAUGAGGCCCUUAGUCGACAGACAACAGCAUCUGAAAUGAAAACUUUGACUGCUAAAACAAAUCCCGAUUACUUUGGGAAAAUUUCCAGCUUCAUCCGGAAGUAUGAUGCCGUCAAUGUUUCCUUAAUUUUUGACAAUCGUGGAUCAGAGAGUUUCCAGGGACAUGGUUAUCACCAUCCCCAUUCAUACAGGGAAGCCCCCAAAGGAGUGGAUCAGUACCCUGCGGUGGUGUCUCUGCCCAGUGACAGGCCUGUUAUGCACUGGCCCAAUGUGAUCAUGAUUAUGACUGAUAGAACCUCUGACCUCAACAGCUUGGAGAAGGUUGUUCACUUCUAUGAUGACAAAGUCCAAAGCACGUACUUUCUGACGCGCCCUGAACCUCACUUUACCAUUGUAGUUAUUUUUGAAUCCAAGAAGUCAGAAAGGGACUAUCAUUUUAUUUCUUUUCUCAAUGAAAUUUCACAUUCCCUUAAGAACUCCAAAGCUUUUGCGAGCUUGAAGCCUGGAUCCAAAGGGUGAAAUACAGACUGUUUACAAGUUGUCAAGGCAGUAUGUCAGCCUUGAGGGAGCUGUAGCUUUCAAGAGUUACAUAAAUUUGUGAUUCUCAGAGUCUAUUGAAAAGGAACUUUUUUUUUAAUGUUAUAAGUUCCUUUCUUUUAAGCUAGCAGACACUUGAAAAGUAUUUUUGGGCAGUACUCAGUGGGGCAAUUUAAUUGUGGGGUGCUAAAUAGCCACAGUGGGAUUUUUUUGGUGUGAUUUUCAGUAUUCAGUAUGAUUUAUUUUUUCAGUCCAACAGUUUUGUUGCCUGUAUCAGAAAGGAAUAUAUGCACUUUAUCUUAGUCUGAUCACUGACUGUCUUCUACAGAGUUUAUUGAAAAUGUAAGGAUGUAUCUUUUCAGAAAACUGCAUUGCCUGACAGGAAUGAUUUCUGGGAACUAAAUGCUGAUGCAAGGGAAUAUUAGAAAAAGUGAACCUGCAAGGAUACAUUUUAAAUAAAAAUAUGAGAAUCAGGAAAAGCACUAUUGUUAGUUAUAAUUUAGUUUUCAAAGGGUUUAAAAUGAUAAUUGAGGUCUCUGACACUCUCUGUUAAGCACCAGUCUCAGUUAUAAAUGCCCUGUGUCACAAAACUUGGUCAUUGCUCCAGAACUUGGACUGGGGCAAGAAAAACUUCAGCAUGGGCUGGAAGGCCAGUAUUCACCGGAGUGCUGUGACAGUGUGGGUACAGGAAUAGUCUUGGCUCAGACUAAUUGAAGGAGACAAGCUGAAGUUGCACAGGUGUUCCAGAAGGAACAGCUCCACGGAAAAAGCAGCAAAGCUGUUUUCAAAUUGUGCUUUUGUCUGGCUAACUUAAAAGAGAAGCAAAGAAAGGCAGUAGGAAAUGCCCUUUGUAAAUGUUUUUUUUCUAGUUUGCUGUUCAUCUCAACCUGGAUUUGUUUUCAGAUUUUUAUAAAUGCAUAGUUUUUUCAAUCUGUUCAGUUUUAAAUAAUUUAAUAAUUAAGCCAAAACAGUGGGGAUUUGGAUUUAAAUAUAUAGCCUAUGCAGUGUGUUUACCUCAUUCUAAAAUGUCUCUUUCACCACUUCUAGACUGCAAGUUUGGAAAAAGUAUAUUUUCUAGUUACCCCAAAAGUGCUUUAAUUUGGAAAUCAGUAUUUCCAAAUACAAUAAAAGGGUCAAUUUGGCUGUACCUGUAGCCUUACAUUGCAGGGUUCUAACUGUUAGCUAUGCAGUUGUGCACAUGCUUUUAUGGGAAUUCAGGAGCACUUAUAUACAUAUAUAAGUGUAGUAAAGUUAAGUCAUUAGUUGACACUUGGUAAGGUGUAACAUCAGGUUUAAUUUAAAAGGGAGUUUAGGUCAAAAUGUUGGUUUCUGUUAAGACUGAAAUAUGAAAGGUACCAUUGCAAACGUGUCUUUUAAUGAUUCCCUUUCUCUCCCACUUAAAGUUCUGGUAACUUGUCUUGCCUGGCUGCAAGUGCUGAUUUUUUAACAAUCAUAUAAGCACAUUCUGUUCUCAAAAUGCAAGCUCUGACUUGCCACUUUGUGCCAAAUGGAGCCUUCUGUGCUUUGCUAUAACUGUUGUGAAUAUCUGUGCUAUUGCCUUUCACCUGAAGUCUCAGUCUGACUUCAGCAUCACUCUCAAAAGCUCAGUCUGCUCUUUGUUGCUGGAAAAUAACCAGAGUUGCAAAUAUACCAGAAACUGGAGGGUACCUGUUUGUAACAGCAUUACACUUUGCAGCUUGAAUUGCUCUUAACAGGACAAAGUUGCAAAUGACAGUAUUGAGAGAGUUUGAGUGCUUCCCUCUGUGGGACAGUGACCUUGUAAUAACAUUGUAAUUUUGACUUCCUCAGCCUGAGUAACAAGAAUCUGUUGCUAGAACUGAUUCCCAGUCUUCAGCAGUGUAAUAAAGUGUUGUACAAAGUCUGUCUGCCUGUACAAUAUUUCCCUGUCAUACUAACUACCUAUAGAAAAGAGGAAAGAAAACAGGAAAGAGAUUGUGCAUGGCACAGGCACCUUCUUGUUCAUUUCUGAGUUGCUGGGGAUGAGUUGGAAGAAGUGAAGGAGAAAUCUGAUGCCCUUUGGAGCAGCUUUUACCGGUUGUUGAAAUGGCUAGAGGCUGUUCCCAAUGGUUUUUAUGGAGAGAGGAAAAGGAGGUGACUGUUCAGCAGACCUGGUAGUUCACUUCCCAUGCUCCUGCCACUGUGUUUGGCAAGUGGUGUCUCAGAAUAGGGAAGGGAUGUUAGGUGAUGUUUCUGUGCAGGAGGAGGUGAGACCUGCUUUGCCUCUUAUCAAUUCUAAGGUGGUUUGCUGCAGUUUUCUUCACAGAAUCUUGGAGAAGCAGCCAGAGGGGCCUUCUGACUCAUGGGUAAGAAGUUCUGAAUAUUUUGGUUGAUGAAGAAGCAAAGGGAGCCAUAACCAUUACCCUCAUCGUGUGGGAAGGGAGGGAAUGGAAGAGAUGUGCAGGCGGUGGAGAGAAUUGGGUGCUGGAGAAACUUUUGUGGAGCUGUCUGGGUUUCAGAGUCCUGUCCUUGUUAAGAUCUCAGCCUUAAAUUAAUACAAGAUGGGAAGCAGAAAACUGAGACUGUAGGAAGUAGCUUGGAUGAGAACAGGUGACGCUGAAGAGGGGUGACGCUAGAAUCAGUAUCAAAUAGUUUUGCAGAGUUGAGGUGUGCUAUACCAAAAACUGUGUGUGCGGUGUGAGUGUGUGUGAUGAGUGAAUAUAGGUUUGUUAAACCCAUGAAAAAUUCUGGCACAGUUCUUAUUUCUUGCUUUGAGGAGUUUGUUUUAAAUUACAAAUAAGGUAGUUGGGAGUCUGAGUUGGGUUCAAACUGAAAGAGGGGAAAUUUAGGUUAGAUAUAUGGAAGAAAUUCUUUGCUGUGAGGGUGGUGAGGCACUGGAACGGGUUGUCUAGAGAAGUUAUGGACGCCAUACUUGAACUGGUGUUCAAGGUCAGGUUGGAUGGAGGUUUUAGCAACCUAGUCUAGUUCAAGGUGUCCCUGCUCAUGGCAAAGGGGUUGGAACUAGAUGAUCUUGAAGGUCCCUUCCAAUCCAAACCAUUCUAUGAUGCUAUAUCGAUGAUGUAAAAUUGGCUAGACCAGUAAUGAAAACCUGCGUAAUUAAGCGAGGAGGAGAAAAUGACUGUGGAGUAAGUAAAGGAACCAGAAACUUAGUAACUGGAAAAAAAAAUAUAUUCGUUACUAACUUCAGUACUGGAAAGAUUGAUCAGUCUCUUUACUUUAAGAACUGGAAAACAAAUACACUUUUGCUGAGCUGGGUGAUAUCCUGUCUGGCAGCUUUUCCUCUGCACCAGUGUAGCUAAGCAAGAUUAAAUGUACUAAUGUGCUUUAAAAGUCUUGUGUAAAUUACUACUUUAAGUGCAAGAUAUAAAGAUGUUUGUGAUGGUGUACUGAAAGCCAUCACUUCCAGACAUAUUUAAACAUUUUUAAAACAGGUACUGAGAUUUGAUAUUCCAAGUGCCACUCAGAUUGCUUAUAAUAGCAGUGUGGAAGCUUAUCUUGCAGUAAAUUGCAUGUACCUCAUCACUUACUUCAGUCCAUGAGGAUUUUGGCAGAAUAUUUAAUUUAGUAACCUUUUGCCUGCAGUGUGAUUUUUGACAGCAAAUGUAUUCUAAGAACUCCUAGGUGUUUUAUAUUUAUGUCUUAUAAGCUGUUUUCUUCAACAUGUGGUGUUCAGGUUUUUUUCUUGAAUAAAGUAUCUUUCCUUUUCUCCUGCCUUUGCAUGAAGAGAGUACAGGGAAUGGAAACUAUUAAUAUAUUUUGUAUUGUGCUCCAAAGGACCGCAACAUAUGCAUAAUAUUCAGGUUUUAAUGAUCUAAAAGUAAUGUAAGUUCCUGGUACCUAUUUGAAUACUAACACUUAUUGUUUAUCUAAUUGACUUUAAAAAAAAAA